CUUUGGGAAUUAAAGCACUUUUGAUCAAGAAAUGGCAGCUUUUGAUUAGCCUGUUGUAUUAGCAUAACUUCGCCCAAGGAUCUAGUAUAAAAGUUGGCGAAUCGCAUCUUGACGACAAUUUUAUAUUUUGUACCGGGCAAAUAGUGUCCCGUGGCUUAUUAAACGACAAAUUGAUAUCACAGAUCGACUUUUGAAGCAACUAUUACGUACUAGCUUGGCUUGGCUGGCCACGCUUUCGUUAUCUCGCAUUUGAGGUUUAUUUGGAGUUCAUACGCGAGCUUAUCGUGUUUACAUGUUUAAGUGAAUUCAAGCGUUAUCUGUCUGCAGUCCGCAUCCUGUCUUUGCCACUUCGGGGUUACUGCAUUAUCGAGAUAUAUAUUUCAUUAUUCAAAUUCUCGAGGCCCGUUCGUGUUUAGCCUCUAAGAAGCCUAGUAUUCGCCUCGAAGCCAAAGAUGCAGUAAAAAGCAUUGACGAACCGUUUUCGUUAUGCCUAAACAUGUCUGUUCGCCUAGCCGAAAUUCGAUAGUCGUAUUCUCGGCGACUGGGUUAUUUGUAUUCCUUGCAGCUGCUUUGUUGAGCUCGAGUUUAUUGUAUUAUAACAAAUCGCCGCUUGAAAAGGCUGUGAAGAUACACAAGCGAUCCCGUGUGCCUCGCAGCGUCGCUGCAAACGUUACGAACUCGAACGAAUCCGACAGCGAAGAUGCAAGAAAGGACGAGUACCCCGACGACAUAUUCUCCCUGAAGCAAAAGCAACAGGGAGCUGUCAUACUGCACGUUUUGGGACUGUCCUAUAUGUUCCUUGCUUUGGCAACCGUGUCGGACGAAUUCUUCAUACCGAGCCUCGAAGUUAUCACGGCCGAAUUUCGUGUCUCCGAAGAUGUCGCGGGUGCUACCUUCAUGGCCGCGGGAGGAAGUGCUCCGGAACUAUUCACUUCUGUUAUCGGAGUUUUUAUUGCAAACUCCAAUGUCGGAUUCGGUACUAUUGUCGGGAGUGCUGUAUUCAAUGUUCUUUUUGUUAUCGGCAUGUGCGCUGUGUUUUCGAAAGGAAUCCUCCAGCUGACAUGGUGGCCUUUGUUUAGGGAUUGUAUGUUUUAUAUCAUCGCACUAGUUUUGCUUAUAGUAUUCUUUGUCAACGGUCGUGUCGGCAAGAGGUCUGAAAUUUAUUGGUGGGAGGCAGUCACCUUGAUGAUAUGGUAUUUUGCGUACGCUGCCUUCAUGAAAUACAACGUGCCGAUAAAACGGUUUGUUAAGAAGUUGUUACCGCGACGGAAUAGGGUUGCAGACGACGACGAUGCGUUUGUGUUGUCUAGCCGAACUAGCCCGAAAGACACGGACGCUUACGUUAAGGUAAGGGAUAAUCCCUGGUAUUAAAUUAAUAGCGAACUUAAGCCUUGUUCAAGGGGCUGUUGACAUGAUCCCAAUUUUGACGGUAUGGACAAGGCGGAAUGAUUAUAUAUAGGCUCAAACGAAAGUUUCAUAAAUGAACUCAAAUGUUGUCGAGAAGAUCCUGUAGUUCAAGAAGAUUAUUAUUGUUGCUUGAACAUCCUUUCGUUUACAACUAUACUAUAACUUAUCACUAAAAAUAUAAUACAGUUUUGCUCAAUUGUGUACUAGUGUCACUAUACGUCUUACUGAUCAGUUCAUCAAAAAUCAUCCCGCAUCUCGUCCCGGCAAAGCGGGAUCAUUGUCUGAACGGCUCCUACAGACCUUGGUAAUAAAUAAACGAGCCCAAGUUGUCCAAAAUUGUUCAACAUUGAACCGAUGUUCCACAAUGUUGGCCGUGAAAAUUUUAAGUAAAGCCAUGGACGAAGUCAAACCCGAUCCAGCAUCGGCAAACAAUUCCCAACACUAGUGUUGCAAUGAGGCCAACAUUUUGGCAUGUUGGCCCAAAGUACGUGUUGGCCUCCAGCCUCCUUUGAACUGCUGAUAUGGAGGAUGUUGUGAACGAAGGACAAAUCACUCCUAAAACAGUCAAAGUGUACAGGACUUUCGAAAGUCCGAACAUUUUUGAGAAUUUUGUCGGGGCUAUGCAGUAGAAUGCAAUUAUAUUUUCCGAAUAUAGAUAAAGAAAAAAAUAUUUGUUAGAAAUAUUCGUCCCAGAGAAGUCACCAGAAUCCAUAUUUACUAAGGAUAAAAUUCUAUUAAUUAAAUACAUGGACGAGGUAUAUAAUGCAGCUGCCUCCGUCCUAUUUUUUUUACAUUCAAUUCAGAUGUUGAUAUUAGAUUUCAACUGAUUAUGUUUGACGAAUUUAAAAAUUCAUUGGCAUCUAUUCGUGGAUUCCUAAAAAAUGUCUCGAACAAAAACUGAAAUUUUGAUGACUGUCACGUAAUAGAGUUAAUAUAUAGACAAAGUGAUGAACAUCGCAUCGGCGUUCAGCAUGCAGGAUUCAGCACGCGUGCUACGUGACUGGCUAUACAGGGUGUUUACAUUUUAUGAGGGAUAUGAGGUUUUCAAAAAGUUUUCCCUAUCAAAAUGCUAAAAUGGAUUUUGAUAAAAAUCUUUUCAAUCAUGAAUUGUGUUGAAUAAUUUUCCUAAAGAUCUCAGAUAUGUUUUAACCGAUUCGGAGCACCAGCGUUGCCCUCUUGACGAGUAAAAUCGUCUGGCGUUAGACAAUAAAAUAAUAAAGUAGGGCGCAAUCCAACUUUAACCAACACUUGAAACAAAAUAUGGAUAAGUUUCUGUGAUCACAGUAGGAAUUUUGCAUGGGUAAACUCUAAGUUUUGAAGGAUUUGUAAGAAAUGUUUGAGGGAUAACACUGAGUCAAUUCCCUCAAACAUUUCUUGCAAAUCCUUCAAAACUUAGAAUUUACCCAUGCAAAAUUCCUACUGUGGUCACAGAAACGUUGAUUGUCAACUAUAACGGCAAAAUUUUCUGUUGACGUUUAAUUCUUUAGAAAGCAUUAGAAUACAUGAAACACAAUGGAAAAGAAGGACCAUGUUUUCGUUUUGGAGUUUUACAACUGGUUAUGCGUACCAUUGAUCCUCUCAGAGAAGGUGAGAGAAAUAGCGUGAAACGAGUUCACCAGGGACCGGUUGUUCAAAAGCUGGGUUAGCUUAAACCUAGGUUAACGUAAAAUUCAAAGCAAACUUUCCAAGAGCUUGUUUGUAAAUUUGGAAAUAUUUCUUCAGAGAUGUUGUCCGAAUCAGUAGGAGCUUUUCUCUCUGAAGUUUUGAAAUAAACAGAGCGGCAGAAAUACAUCAACUAAAACAGCAGGUUAAAUUUUAACCGAAGGUUAGCGCUAACCCAGCUUUGAACAACCGGUCCCAGGAGCCGGUUGUUCAAAGCUGGAUUAGCGCUAACCCUGGGUUAAAAUUUUACCUGCUGUUUUAGUUUGUGUAUUUCUGUUACCUACUUGUUUCAAAACUUCAGAGAAGAAAACUCUGAUUGGUCCAGACAAAAUUUCUGAAGAAAUAUUUCCAAGUUUAUAACCAAGCCGUUGGAAAGUUUGCUUUGAAUUUUUAUGUUAACCUAGGGUUAAGGUAAUUGGCUUUGGAACAACGGGCCCCAGAACCAUCGUCAGAGAUAUGAAUUAUUCUGAUAAUUGCAGAGUACAAUAAAAUCUUCGGAUUCCAGACCAAAUUGAAUUGCAUUUCAGAGACUUAAAAUUUCAAAAUUUCAAAAUGUGGUCACAUAAUGUAGUUUCUUCCACCACUGUGAAAAUGAGCACUUUCUCACAAACGUCAUAUAUACCAUUCUCUGAAAUGUGAACUAAUAUUGAGAAGUUUUCUGUGUUGGUGUAAUGUACUCAGGUGAAUAUGAUGUUUGUGAUGUUACUCUGAGUGUGUAUCCACACCGGACAAGCUUGGAAAAUAUGCCUGACCACGGUGGGAAUCGAACCUACGAUCUUUGGAAUACUAGCCAUUGGUUCUGCCAACUGAGCUACGCGGUCAGGAUAUUCGAACCGACUUGACCGCGUAGCUCAGUUGGCAGAGCAUUGGGCUAGUAUUCCAAAGGUCGUAGGUUCGAUUCCCACCGUGGACCGGACAGGCAUAUUUUCCAAGCUUGUCCGGUGUGGAUGUACACUCAGAUUAAAAUUACAAGCAUAAUAUUGAGAAGCUAGCACUUAGAAAUGGCCCUGCAUGACUAACACGGUUGAAUAUGCAUAUGAAAAUUGACUCAUUUUUCCGCGUCUUAUAGUUUCAGUGUGUGAUUUGGCGAAAGAGAUGGAAUCAAUAAGUCACAAAAACCGUACAACAGAAAUGAAAGCCGCUUCACAUCUCACAUUACUCCAAGCAGAUCAGCUGAGUCAGACCAACGUCACAUUACCGAACUCUACAUUCAAUUUAACAUCGUCUGCACCGUCCGCUGACAACGUGCGCCUGCAUUCCGUCUCUGUGAUGACGACCAGCACAAAUUUGACGACCGAAAAUGGUGACGAAAGUUAUCAUCAACUUGCUGAGCCAAAAAUAUCGUUUGACGAAAGCUCCGAUUCUAUAGUAAGCAUUAUAAGUUUUUUUAGUUGGAAAAAUAAAGGUUACUUUAUUCGAUUGGCUGUACACUGUCUAUAAAAAAACAGUCUAAUAAAGUAUAUAAAUUUCCACAAGAAAAGUUCCACCUACACAAUACCCUUCAAAUAUUAUUCAAUCGUGUGAGAUGCAAACAAAAUCUUGACAUGGUUAAACCAUAACAAGUUUGAAUUGGUUGUUUCCAAUGCACUUAUUUGACCAGUAUUUUAUUGGUUAAAACCAUAGAUAUCUUAUAUACACUAGACAGCGCAUCUCUUUUAGUAAAAUUGAAGCCAAGAAUAUUCCAGCGGUUACCUCCAUUUGAAUAGAUGGCGGCCAUUUUGGAGUUUCCCACUCGCUAAUAAACGCUUAAAACACAACAAUAACUUUCAACAUUUGAAUAGUUUUGAAAAUGUAUUUGGAAUAGGUUUAAUUAACUUAAUGUUUAAGUUCCCUGUUUAAGAAAUAGAAAACAUACGAGUCUUCUCAUUUCAUGGGAAUAUCCUGAGUCUGCAAUCACGGCUUCAAUUUUUGAAUUGCAGAAUAAUUAGAUGCACUAUCUAGUGUAUAUAAGAUAUCUAUGGUUAAAACACCCAGAAACUGGGUUAUUUUAACUAUACUUUUUCGGUUAUUUUGACCAAAUAAUAUUGGUCGAAAGAAAACAUAUCUAAGACAACCAAUUCAAAUUGGUUAUUUUAAGUUUUUAACCAAUCCAUUUUUACAGUGUAGUUUGUUCACGCACUAGACCACUAAAACUGAAAUUGCACGUACUCAAUCUCUAUAUGGAGAACAGUAUAGAUUAAAACUGAAAUUGCUAUGUAGCCGUUUAGUUCGCCAAAUUUUCAAUAUUGUUUUAAACAAUUCCUUAAUUGAAGUCGCCUGAAAAUUUAAAGUAUUUAAGAACGCGGAGACUAAUUUCUUUGACAGUAAUCGAUUUUCAAAAUUAACACUAAAUUGAACAGCGUUCUCGAUUAUUUAUUAACUUAUCUAAGGUCGCUUAUUUGCGUUUUUUCAACUGUUGCAAAUUUUCCAUAUAUUAUUUCUAUGGAAACACAUAAAAAAUUAAACAGUUGAAUAUUUUGAUGCAUAUAUUUUAAUUCCCGAUGCAUGCAGAAUGCGUCUUUAUUUGGAUUCGCAGUUGAAACUUCAAAUUGGAUCACCGAUAAAAGUCAUCAAAAUUCAUUAAAACAUAUUGAGUACUUUUGCAGACACGUAAUUUGAAACAGGUGCUUCAUUGUUUCAUACUUAAACAGAAAAUAUUACAAAUGGAAUUAUGUUUUUUUUGCUGGUAACCGAAUGAUUAAAAAACUCGAAAGAAAAUUCUUGUUCAGAUGAAAAGUUGCAUUUUGAUUUUGAAGACAACAUAAAAAUUAUGCCUCACAUCGACAUUAUACGAUAAUAAAACAAAGUGAAAUACUGCAUGUUCGCAAGUUGUCGUAGAACUUUUACCUCGGUCUCAGUCCCUCUACACGCUCGAAAUUCUCGCGGAAUCUCGUCGAUGAACUAGGAUCGUCAAAAUAGCCUGACAAUGGAACCGAUCAUUAUAUAUGGCGGGGAGUGGCACCAAAGAGAAAUGUUUUUCUUGUUCAAAAUUUUGCUGAUCCAUCCAUUAAAAAGUCACAAAAAAGUUUGAUAACUGCUUGUGCAAUUUUCUGCAAUUUAGAGUUUCAUGUUGUCUGCAGAUGUACUCUCUUUGGGAGACGCCAUUUGCCUCCUGACAAAUCGGAAAAUGAUCAAGAUAGUGACUCUGAUUGAUAUACAUAUUGUAUUGACAUAUGACUAUUGACAUUGCUUUUAGUCUUCAAUAUUUUGAACGAGUCAUACUUUGGAAAGGUUUUUAUUACCCAACCUUUGAGUUGUUUUGUUUUUCAUUUACCCAACCUUUUACUCCUAAAACAUUUUGUGUACCCAACCCUUUUCUCUUCCGUGCGUAAGUGAUGGCCGGUCUCUUAAGUGCGAAAACCUGCGCUAUGAACAGGGCUAUAUACUACUGUAUAUAACUUUAAAUUUGUGUUGCAGGCUGAGCUACCAACUCCAUUGGAUCUGUCCUGGCCAAAGAGUUUCAAAGAUCGGGUAGUCUACGUCAUUCGAGCUCCUAUAUUGUUUGCUCUUCAUAUUACUUUAUCUGACGUCAGAAAGCCGGUAAGAUGUCUCGCUUAAACCAUCAUAUUUUGACAGUCCAUGAUGGCAUGUCCACUGCAGGUCUCACCACUCAUAUUUAUUUUUCGUUCAGAACAAACGCCGAAGAUACCCGUGGACGUUUUGCGUAUCAAUCCUAUGGAUUGUCGUCUUUUCAUAUUUCAUGGUGUGGUGGGCUAAGGAAAUCUCCGUUACCAUGGAGAUAGAUGACGAAAUCAUGGGGCUGACGGUAUUAGCGGCAGGAACUAGUAUCCCGGAUCUUAUUACCAGUGUUCUCGUGGCGCGCAAAGGAUACGGGGAUAUGGCCGUGUCGAGCUCGGUUGGAAGUAAUUUAUUUGAUGUCACAAUCGGGUAUGUUUAUUUUAAUUCCUAAUUUUCAGAUCGGUGGUUUAAACCCAUCUAUAAGUUUCUUUUGACAUAUAGUUUUCUUUUUUCAAAAUUGUAGACUUCCAUUACCUUGGCUUAUAUGGAGUCUUCUGCACAACGGAGAUGCUUUCGAAGUAGUGAGCAGCGGGCUCUUUUGUUCGACCAUCAUGCUUUUCGCAAUGUUACUGACAGUGGUGAUAUCAAUAGGUGUUUGUAAGUGGAGGAUGAGCAAAACACUGGGGGUAUUGAUGCUCAUUUUGUACGUCCUUUUUGUCGUGUUUUCUGUGCUGUUACAGAAAAACGUGUUCGUUUGCGAUUUGUGAUACAAGACAUACUGGAGAACUCUUUAGUUUUGGUUAGAAUUCACAGUGAGUGUGUGAUAUUGGUUGGUCCUACCAAGUCAACUCUGAAGUCAAAGAAAAGCUAUAUGUGCGUGACUAAGUUCGUUCACGAUAUUUAUUGAGGCAUGGCUUUGUGGAAAAACCAUAGAAAUAUUAGACCUAUUAUUAUCUAUUAUCUAUUAUCUGUCUAUUAUUUCUAUGGGAAAAACGCAUACGUACUUAAAAGCAUUUAGCAUAGUUUGCGCGCGCAUAUAACUGAACUCUUCAGAGUGGCAAGUAAAGUUUUUGACUGACAUACAAAGAAAUUGUUCAUAAACAGCGCUGUACAUGUUUCUGGCAGUGACAUUAUUUGUGUUUAUUUAUUGUAGCAUACUGUUCGCAAUUGGCGAACGAUUGUAGAAACGAAAAGUGCAUAAUAUUUAUGUAUAAUCACGAUUUAUUUAUUUGCAUUCAAAAAGUCACCUUCAAAAGUGUGGACAACGCGAAUGCACAUACGUAUAUACAUAUACUUAGAUUGAAAAACUUUUUUACGCCGAAAAGAGGAUAUAUUUAUGGCAUGUGCAAGAUCUGUGCGCUAAUAGCCGUUAAUAUUUGACUACCAUGCACUACCUCUACCAUGCAUUAACCAAUCAGAUGUAUUUAAUCUGCCAAAUUAACCAAUCAAAUGAGUGGCAGUGGAAGUUAAAUCGGAACCUCUUUCAGCGGACAGAAACGUCAGUAAAAACAAGCUUUGCAUAGCAUGCUCACUGGAUUAAACGCUACACGAUAUUUAUUCGAAUACGUACACUAUACUCUCAUUUGUCUAUGUAUAUGAAAAUUCUGCAGGCCAUGUCGCGUGUAAAUAAUGAUAGGCUGAAGUGUGUUAGUUUGUAUCUUUCUAGCAAAUGCGGUUAGAAUUUAAUAUCCUUGCUGGUUUGCGACCAACCAUGCAUUGUAGGAAUUCAACUGACCACAUGUUUCGCCGAGUUAGAUCAAUUACGCUCGGAACAAGCAAAUUCCGAUUCGAACGCGUUCGACUGCGCAUCCAAACGACGCGUUCUGCGCUGCGCCCAAAUUACAACUGAACUAUAUAUAACAUGUAGUUGAAACUGGAUGCACUAAAAUACACAUGUCGAAGCAUUGAACUGUUCAAUCAGGGGCGUAGGAAUUGGGGGGGGGGGGCACAGGCGGCACAUGCCCCCCCCCCAUUAGGUGCCCUUUUCAAUAUACAAAAGUGCCCCUGGAAGCUGGUGCCCCCCUCCAAUCUUUUGAUGCUUCCUACCCCCUGUAUUCAAUCAUUAUUUGUGCUUCACUUAUACCAC